AUGCUUUUUAGACUCUGAUUGACUGUAGCUACACCGUAUAUACCAGGGGCGCAUUCUAAUUGGCUCGCCCCUGUGCUUUAAGCGUGCCAGGCUUGUUUUACGCUGUGCUUCUAUUCAAAUGGUUAAUGAUAUAAACCCUGCUCAAUUAUCAGACAUACGCAUUCUUGCUGUCAAUGACAUCUACCUCUUUGAUAAAAAGUAUGCCUCCUCAAUUAGCAAAUACUUUUCUCUUGGUGUACAUAAUGCUCUUAAGCCAUCGUUGUUAUUUGAAAAAUAUCAUCCAGAAAAUGGUAAUCGAUGCUUUGAUUGGUGUAUUGGUAUUGAAGUAUCUCCUCCUCACAACUGGCAUUCCUCUUUAAUACUAUGUGCCAAAAUGCUUAGUGAUGCCUGUGAAUCAGAGAAUGUUCUUGAUUUACACACUGCUCAUGUGUUAGCUUUUAUACUUCCAAUCUUUGUUAAUGGUCAGCCUGAUUGUUCUAUUGAAGACAGCUUUGUUCAUAAUUAUAUUUCUCCAUUGUUAUCGUCCGUUUUCUCUUCUGACCCUUUACUUAACAUGAAAUGGGCUAAAGGUAAACUUGCAAACGAUAGUAACGCAUCCUACAAGCCUGAUUUCCAAGUUUUUAAUCUUUCUGGUAGUGUGAAAUGUAUAGUUUUAAUUGCUGAAUUCAAACACUCAGAACAAAAUUCUUAUGUUGAGUCAGAUUUAUUAAAACUUGGCAAGCAGAUGAAGCUAACGUUGAACAAACUUAUCUCAGAUGGUAUUAAUAAUCCCAAAGUAUGUGGAGUACACCGUGAAGGUCUUAAUUUGAACACCUAUGUUAUGGAUCUUAUCUCUCCCAAGGUUUACAGGAUGAUUAAUGUUGCCAAGGUAAAGCUCUUUGUGAAUUUAGAUCAAAUUUCCCUUCUUCCCAGAGUACUUGCUCAUUUGAUAUGUUUGAAAAACAUUGCUCUCGAGACUUCUCAAAAGAUUGAAAAUGUUAUCGUAUCAGGUUGCGCUACGUUGAAGCGUCCUGCUCCCUCUCCUCCUUUGAGUUGGUUAUUGAAAAAUCCAAAGACAAAAAAGAAAAUUAGACAGAGUAUUAACCAGAUUGCAAAAAGGAGCUGAACUUUAUUAAACAUAAAAAUGUGGAUUUCUUUUAUACACAACGAACACAACUAUUUACAGCAAACGAGAAGAUGACUACCGUGGGUAGAUUAUAUUGACAUAUUGUCUAAACUGUCAAUAUCCCGCAAGGUACAUCAAGGAUAAUAAAAUAAC